AUGAGUCCAUAUCAACCGAUUAUACCCUUUGGAAAACAAUUCAGGGAAGAGUUCUUUACAUUAUUAGAUCAUGAAGUUACUCCGGUUAACCAUGGGUCGUAUGGUCUAACCCCAACUCCGGUUCUUAACAAGUUCAUCGAGUGCAUUAAGGAUGAAAAUAAAUUCCCAGAUAAAUUUGUUAAAAUAAGACAACAAGCAGAAUAUAUUCAUGCUAUCCAAAUACUUGCGGAUGAGGUGCUCAGAUGUGAUUACCAUAACUUAGCGAUAGUGGAUAAUGCAACCACUGCAGUUAACACUAUAUUACGACUGUAUCCGUUUGAAAAGGGAGACAAGAUAGUGAUGCCAACUACAGUCUACGAAAGUUGUGGAAAUACUGUCAAGUUUCUACAAAAGAGAAUUGGUGUUGAGCCUGUGUUGGUAGAGAUUGACUAUCCGUUGAACGAUGAUGAUAUUGUCAGUAAGUUUGAGCAAGUGUUCCAAGGGACAAGGAUUAAAUUAUGUCUAUUUGAUCUGAUAAUCUCUAAUCCUGGUAUCAGGUUUCCUUUCGAAAGGCUUACAGCACUUUGUAAAAAAUACGGUGUGUUAUCCUUAAUCGACGGGGCCCAUUCGGUAGGAAUAUUACCAAUGAAUUUAGGCGAGCUCAAGCCCGAUUUUUACACUUCUAAUUUGCACAAAUGGCUAUUUGUUCCCAGGGGAUGUGCCAUCUUAUAUGUUGAUUCGAAACAUUUCUCGUCCGUUGAAACUAUGCCAAUAGGACAUGUGUUUGUUGAUAAUGAGGAAGCAUUGUCAUUUCCACCAGAGAUGGAGUUGAUCAAGAAAUUCAAGUUCAUAGCCACGAAGACAUUUGCACAGGUAUCAUGUAUUGAAGCAGCUAUCAAUUUUAGAAAGAAUGCAUGUGGUGGCGAGUCUACUAUCUAUAAAUACUGCAAUGAGCUAUGCCACAAAGUGGGAUUACUUAUUACUAAAGAUAAGUGGCAUGGUAUGAGCAUUUUGAAUGAUGGAUUCGAUACAGUAACCACUAUGAUCAACAUAGAAGUACCAAUAGAUCAUCUUGCUAAGCGGGAAAAUAUUGUAAUGGACAAUAGCAGUCCAGAACAACAAGCGAAGUUUCUACACUUUUCUAGAAAGUUCAUAGAAGAAGAAAUGAUUAACAAAUAUCACACCUUCAUUCCAAUGUUUUACCACCAUGGGAAGUUAUAUGCGAGGUUUUCUUGUCAGAUUUACAAUGAUUUAGACGACUAUGACUAUGCUAGUGAUGUAGUGCUCAAAGUUCUCAAAAGCCUUUUCAGAAGUGAUUGGUUUAUUAAAUGGUAUAAUGAACAGACUAGAGGUAUCUGA